GAUGAAGGUGAAAAGCAGUUACGGCGCAAGCUGAAGCAUUGGCUGCGCCAGCACCUGGAUUCACAACAGGAAGACAGCACGCAGGGCGAUGAUAACGAUGAGGAAGAAGACACCGAAGCGGGAUAA